AUGGCAUCUCGUCCUCGCGCAUCCGAUCCAUCGACCUUGAACUUGGCCGCUACUCUUGACCAAAUUGCAAGGAUGAAUAGCAACGCACCUGGCCGUUCACCACAAGUUACUUGCGGCCCGGAUGCCAUUCGAAUACGCGGAGAAAGUGAAGACAUUUUUGAAGGGCAGAUAUUCAUAAAAAAUCAACGACGAGCUGAUGACUGUUAUGUUGUAUACUCAGCCGAAGACAAUUCUACCACACCCGAGUUUAAAUUGUCAUUAAAUCGAAUCGCUUCGUGUGGUAUUGAUAUGCGAAGAAAUCCAUCAGUUGGAUUAGAGCUUUUUUCCGUAUUUGUAUUCGCUUUUCAUCCAUCAUUUGUGACAGCUGGUGAUCGUGCAUUUGCCGUACAUUGUCUAUUUCAACAAAAACAACUGACUGUCUCAACACGAUUCGACUUUAUCAGUGAUAUUACACCAAAAGCAGUGCUUGGUGCAACGUCUUCUGUGCCAACCGUACAACUUUCCAUAGUUCAUGGACGAGUACCAAAUGGGGCCAAAGUUGCUUCAUACGUUAGUGUUGGAGAGCCAUUGAUGUUGAUUUGGCAAACAAAAACAGAUUCACAUCUUUACGGAGUAAAAGUUCUCGACUGCACUGCUGAAACCCAUGAUCGGCGAGGCAUGGGCAUCAUCAGAGAUGGUUGCAGCACAGAUACUACUUUGAUCUCGGAUGUUCGAUAUGCAGAUAAUCACCAACGUGCUUUUGCUGACGCAACAGCUUUCAAAUUUCCUGACCUGAGAGAUGUUUGGUUCCGUUGCUCCGUACAGUUAUGCAUUAGAAAGUUUGAUCAUCUAAUCUUGACUGGAAAGUCGCUGGAAGAUCUCUGUGACAAUGCUACGAAAUGCGGCUCAACUCCACCCCGCCAACGUCGCCGAGUCACGUCCAUUCGAGAUGACGACAGCAUUAUUGAAGUCACUGGAAGAGUUGCUGUAGAAGACGAAUCAUUUUUGCAUAGUUACGCUGCUCAAGUGUCCGCGAAAGAGCAAGCUACAGUGUGUAUGUCCAGAGACAUUUUGGCAGUUGGAUCAGCAGUGUCCGUGACUGUAUGGAUUUCUACUCUUAUAACUAUAGCCUCUUUUGUGUACUCAAAACUACGGCCAACAAAUCAUAAUGUUAUAUGA